UCAUCCAAAAGGAAGGCCUACUAUGGCUGAAGUUGUUGACAGCCUCGUGCUCAUGUUGGAUUCACAAGGCAAUUCACCUAAGCGAAAGGGUAUAACCUCAAAGGCGUUACAGAGAAUUCCACGUGUAGUAGCUAAAGGUAUUUAUUUUGGAUGGAACAAUUGCAUGGAGUGCGGUUUUAAGCAAGGAUCUUCAGAGCGAUUUCAGAGUGAUCAAUUGGUGGGGAAUGGCAUCCAGUUAUACCGUCAUUUUUCUCUAGCAGAGAUCCGAGCGGCCACAAACAAUUUUCAUGAGCAACUGGUGGUUGCAUGUAGUGGUGAUAUCGAAGUGUAUAUAGGCGAUAUUGCCCACAGGAAUCUUCAAGUGUCGAUCAAAAGGAGAACAAGGACGUCAAGUGAAAUGAACAUGGACCGAUUUAAGAAUGAGAUCCUGGUGCUUUCCCAUCUUCGUCACCUGAACAUUGUUUCAUUAGUCGGAUACUGCAACGAGAAGAAUGAGAUGAUCCUUGUAUGUGAGUAUGUUGCCAAGGGGAAUCUAUACCAUCAGCUCUAUAAAACUAACAAUGAACGUCUUCCAUGGGAAAGGCGUCUUCAAUCUGCAUUGGUGCAGCACGAGGACUGCAAUACCUCCACGUGGGUACCAAACGGAAAAUCAUUCACCAGAACCUGCAGUCAAUGCGUAUUUUGUUGGAUGAGAAUUGGGUUGCCAAAGUUACAGGUUUCGAGUUUUCCAGAAUGCUGCCCAAAAACGUAUCAAGUACAAACACCAAUACGUUUGUGGCGGAUAAUGCGGGAUAUAUGGCUCCAGAGUACCUUGCGAGUGCAAAAUUAACUGAAAAAUCUGACGUGUACUCAUUUGGUGUCAUCUUACUAGAAGUCCUCUGUGGUAGGAAGCCUAUGAUUAUGACACGGGAUGAGGAUCAGGUGAAUUUAGUGCGUUGGUUCAAGAAGAAUAUUGAAAGGGGUACUGUUGAUCAUAUCAUUGAUCCAAAUCUAGCUGACAAGAUAGCACCAGAAUGUCUCAAGGAAUUUGUCAUGGUUGCAGAGAAAUGCGUGCGUGAUGAGGGGAUUGAACGUCCAUCGACGGAUGAUAUACUCAGCUGCCUGAGGUCUGCAUUGUAGAUGCAGGAAAAUUGGCGAAAUGUUGGCUCUGUCCCUUGUUAUCACAGCAGCACGUUAUGUGAUGGAACUCUG